AUGUGUGCGAAGUUUGGGAGGCGUGCAAGUGUCACCCAGGUAUCUAGCCGCCUGGUGCCGCCCGUUGUUGCAGCCCCACGCUUACUUUUCAACACUCAUUUCGAUGUUGUUCCUCCAUUUAUUCCACCUUCUGAGGAUGAAGAAAAAGUUUACGGCAGAGGCUCAAGCGAAGCAAAAGGGCAGCUGGCUUGUAUGAUUUCUGCUGCACAAGCACUUGCUGAAACGAGACCUGAAAUCGCUGAGCAGCUUGCGUUGCUUUUCGUUGUUGGUGAAGAAAUUGACCAU